AUGCCCCCUCCCCAACCCUCCCCCCAAACCCUCUCUCUCUUCCUCCGUGCCCAAACCACCCUCUACGGCCCCCUCAUAACCACCACCUCCACCCCCCAAACCUGGACCCCACCCCCCAACUCCGGCGGGCAUUUAGGCCGCUACCUCUGGACGGACGCCAUCGGGGUCCUAAACUUCCUCACAUUACACCGCAUCCACCCCUCCCCUCCAUCCCCAACGCACUACCUAACCCUCGCCUCCCGACUCAUCGAAUCCGUGCACAACACCCUCGGGCGCACGCGCAACCCUCCCCACCAAUACCUCCCCGGAGCAUCCCCCUCCCACCCAUUGUCCGGCGGCCUCCGCAUCGGCAAACCCUCCGCCAGCGGGCGAGACUGCGACGGGCAGUACCACCAUUACCUGACGCUAUGGAUGUUCGCGCUGAACCGGAUGAGUGUGGCGAGUGGGGAGGGGAAGUGGAAUGCUUUAGCUGUUGAAUUAGGAAGAGCUAUACAUCCGAGGUUCUUCAUCAGCGGAGUUGAUGGAAGGAGACUGGAUAGGAUGGUAUGGAAGAUGGAUACGGAGUUGCAGAGGGUGUUGGUGGGAAGUGAGGGGAAUUUGGACCAUGUUGAUGGGUUUGUGGUGUUUCGGGUUGUGAGGGCUUAUGAGAUUGCAAAUGGGGGGGAUAAGGGGGUGUUGGAGGAGGAGAUUGAGGAUUAUAGGAGGGUGAUGAGACGGAAGGGAAGGCAGAGGGUUAGUGACGAUUUGUUGGAUUUGGGGAUGGGGCUUUGGACGGCGCAUUUGGUGGAAACUGGGGAUGGGGAGGAGGAGUGGGCGGGGGAGUUGUUGGGGAGGGCGGUUGAGAGGGUUUAUGAUUUGUUUGAGAAUAAGCGCUAUCUCCAGCGUGAUCCGCGGUAUCGGUUGGCGUUUAGGGAAUUCGGUGCUGCGAUGGGGAUUCGCUGUGUUGCGGAGCAGCAGGCCGAGAAGGAUACCGCGGUUGAUCUGAAGGUGUAUGCGGAUCAAAUUGUGGAUUUCUGGGCGCCGUAUAUGGCGGGUGAGGAGGAGGAUGAUAUUGAAGAUUUGAGGCCUAUCACGCAGGUGAUGUAUGCGUCGGCGUUGAUUCCGGGAGGUGAGUUCACCAUUCAUAUUCUGAGGUAG